AUGGGGCGAGCCUUCCAAUCUCCGCUUAGAAGCGUGAAGAAUGUCUCGGUGCAUUUGCGACAGUGCUUUCGAACUGGGAAUGGUCAUCAUCAAGUGGCCGAUGCAAAUGUUCAUGGGUAUGGGAAGCCUGAUGAGAACUUCAUCAAGAAUCUCAGGAGCAUCGUGGGGGAGAAAUAUGUGUCAACAUCUGAUGCCGUGAGGUCUCAACACGGCCGAGAUGAAGGUCCUUACCCUGCCAUGGCACCAGAGCUUGUC